AGCUGUGGAACAAAGACGGGCAUGGGACAAGAGGAAUGUUCUUUCCACCACUGAGUCUACCCUCCAAAGAAGAUAUCAUGUGAUAAUUCUUUAUGUCCUGGUGGCCAUAUGCUUAGCCAUGUGGGCAGGUCUCUUAUCUCUGGUCCUGAUAAAAUUCUCAUCAGUGUCAGAGGAACUACAGGCCUUAAACCUGAACUAUUCAGAGAUGCUCAUGAGAGUGUGGCAGGACUUGGAUAAUAUUCAAGAAGCACAAAAGAUUAUGGAAAGGACUGUAAGCAAUAACUUCAGUGAACUUCAGGACAUCACAGCAUCCAUCUGUGGUGAGGGAAAGUCCCUGGUCUCUCGUUCAUGCCCCACAAUAUGGAAAAUGGAAGGAAGAAACUGCUAUUACUUUUCAGCAGAGAAGAAAAACUGGACCAAUGCUCUGUGGCAUUGUAUUAAUAAGAAGGCUAAUUUGGUUAGUGUUUGGUCUGAUGAAGAGCAGGAAUUUCUGAGGGAUAACCUCAACAAUGUGACACACUGGUUGGGUAUGACUGACAUAGAAAGGGAAGGAAAGUGGAAAUGGAAAGAAGGCAAUCUGCUUGUAUCAACCACAUUUUGGGAUAAAGGAGAGCCACAGAUGAGUCAUGAGAAGAACUGUGGUAUCAUACAACCCAAUGGGACAUGGGCGUCUGCUGUGUGUUCCUUUCACCACCACUGGAUUUGUAAAAAAAAGGCUGAUCUGCUGAAAUCAAUGUCUUGGAUCUCUUCCUGAGAAAGGAUUGUAAACAAACUGUUGUGUUUGCACCCCACCCCUGCAAUGCUUUGCUGCUGGCAUGUAGCUGGAUUUAAGAUAAUAUAUGCCAUCACUGACCUGAACUUUUUUCACAUGUGAACCCAACCACAGCUCAUAACAAAACUCAUGGGCUGAUUGUGUGGCUGGUGGAGCCCUUAUUCUUUAUAUGCAAGCUCAGUGAACAUACCCAGCUGCCGCAUAUUCCCAGGAGAUUGCACAGUUGUUCCCAUCAACCAUGUGGAUGGGAGAGAGCACACUCUGCUGAGAGAGACUGGACAUAAUGCUUAAGCACACCUGAUCUUCCAUGUAAGCACCAGUGUUAAGAAAAAUGUACCUUACUACGUUACAGCCAGUGUGGUGUAGUGAUUGAGUGUUGGACCAGAACUCUGGAGAUCAGGGUUCAAAUCUCCACUCAAUAUGGAAACUCACCGGAUGACCUUAAGCAAGUCACACACUCUUAGCCUCAGA